CUCAGAGCAGCAGCACUCCUCAGUCUAGGGCUCAACCGAUGUGCUGGUCUUGACAGUGAGUGAUGACUGUGGCAGGGGCAGCUGAGGCUUAGCUGUGUGGCUCACAGAAAAAGGUGCAAAUUGGAUGUCUCUGCUUUGGUAGCAGGUGCAGGCUCUUUAUUGAAGGGAGAGUUGCCUAAAAGGGAAGAGUGAUAUUUUGUGUGGAUUUUAUUCUGCUUCUGCUGACUGCUCCACCAUAUCUUAUCAUUAUGACCUGGAGGCAUGGGGGACACAGGCACCUUUGACUUUUUUCUCUUUCUGAAAUCCUUUCAAGAUAUAUGCUUAGUUUUGAAUGAAGUUUUGUUUGUUUUUGACUAUUAUCUCAAGCUGAAUAUACACUGUAGUGUUGUGGACUUUACAUUAUCAUAGGGGCACCUUUGGACCCCAACUUGCAACCAACGUUUACUGACUUGGCUAUAGGAGUGAGGGGACAAUGCCUGGAUUAUCCUAUAAUAAGUGACUCUGUAACUUGCCAGUGGGAAGCUGCAAGUGAAAAAGGGACUGGAGGCUGUCGGUUGGCUGCUGGCUGCAUUCCACCAGUUUGGCUGAAGACUGUAAGCGUCCUGACAACCUUCACUAGCUGGUAGGAUACACGCACACCGAGAGAAACAGCAGGAUCGCACUUCACAUUCUGGGUCAGGAGGGAUUAGUAGAAGAAUGCUGGUCCCGGGUGCCAAACAGGAAGAUGGUGAUGCGUUGGCCGAGUGCUGCAGCUGUUAGAUGGUUGCUGUUGAUGCUUCUAUGGCAGUGGACAGUGCUGGGCCACCUCGGCUGGGUUCUGGCCCUGGCUGAGGGGCAGCAGAGUAAGAACCCCUCACUCACUGCUGCCAGCACUGGACGUCAGAGUGGCGGCCAACUGGAUUGGCUGCUGUCCGAGAAGGGACCUUUCCACCGUUGUCCUGAAUACACAGAGUUCAAAGAACGCUUCCAGCAAGGUUUCUCCACACGCUAUAAGAUCUACAGGGAAUUCAGCCAUUGGAAAGUGAACAGCUUGGCUACAGAGAAGAGGGACGUUUUUAAGGCCCAAUUGCCGCUGGCGCCGGAGUUUCUACGCAACCUGAGGUUGCUGGGUCGAAGACCAAGUCUGCAGCAGAUCCACGAGAACUUGAUCAAGAAAUAUGGAACUCACUUUUUGGUGUCUGCUACGCUAGGAGGAGAAGAAUCGUUGACAAUCUUCCUCGAUAAGCAGAAGCUCAGUAAGAAAUCGGAGGGACAGGGAAACAGCUCUGUGGUCUCCUUGGAAGUAUUGCAUCAGUUGGCUGCCUCUUAUUUCACAGACCGUGAGAGCACCUUGAGACGACUUCACCACCUACAGAUAGCCACCUCCGCCAUAAAGGUAACAGAAACUAGGACCGGGCCCCUUGGAUGCAGUAACUAUGACAGCCUUGAUUCUGUAAGCUCUGUCUUGGUACACAGUCCUGAAAAUAAAAUACAUCUAAAAGGUUUACAGGAUGUCCUUCCAGAAUUCCUCCGGAACCGUUUUGUGGAGGCUGCUCUCAGCUACGUGGCAUGCAACUCUGAGGGGGAGCUUUUGUGUCGUAACAAUGACUGCUGGUGCCGUUGCUCUGCCAAGUUCCCAGAUUGUAACUGCCCCUUUGCUGAUAUUAAAGUCAUGGAGGAAAAUCUGCACAAAAGCAAGGAAUCCUGGACCAACUUCAACACCGAAUUCAUGGAAUCAGAUGAAUUCAAGGCCUUCAUGAAAAAACUACCAACAGACCGUUUUUUAAACACAUCCUUGGUAUUCAAGUUUUGGGCAGCAGAUGCAGCUCUCCAGAGGCGCUACAUCCAAUUGGAGAGCAGCACCAAUUUGAUUAUUGGGAAAGCCCAGAAGAUUGUGAGGAAACUCUUCUCUCUGAGCAAGCGAUGUCCCAAACUGCCAAGGAUCAGCCUCCCAAGAGAAAGGACACCAGGAUUUUGGUUGAACAGGGCCCAGUCACUCCUGUACUGCAAUGAGCAUGGAGUCCUGGGCACGUUUUCAGAGGAGGUGCAGAGCUGCACCUGCACUGCAGAGCACAGUAGUGCCUGCCAGGGGACAGUACCCUGUGUGGUCGGAGAGGGGUCAUCCUGCCUCUCAUGUGGCUCAGACAACAUCACACGCUGUGGCUCCUGCCACCUUGGCAACAUCCUGCACCUGGGCUCUUGUCGGCCCAACAUAGCAAACUCUCUGGACCACUACCUGAACAUUGACUUUGACAUGCCGGAUGCAGAGUUCAAGUACCUGCUCCAGCGGCUGGACAGUCGCAUGGAAGUCCAUGCCAUCUACAUCAGCAAUGACGUGCGUCUGGGCAGCUGGUUCAACCCAGCCUGGAGGAAACGCAUGCUCCUCACUCUAAAGAGCAACAAAAACAAAUCCAACCUCAUUCAUAUGCUAAUGGGAAUCUCAUUCCAGAUCUGCUCUACUAAAAACAGUACCCUGGAGCCUGUGCCUGCCAUCUAUGUCAACCCAUUUGGGGGUAGCCACUCAGAGAGUUGGUUCAUGCCUAUCAACCAACAGGACUUCCCAGACUGGGAAAGAACUAAGGUGGAUGCCUCUCUGCAGUGCUACAACUGGACAUUGAUGCUGGGCACUAAGUGGAAGUCCUUCUUCGAGACGGUGCACAUUUACCUGCGCAGCCGCAUCCUGACCGAUGACCCCACCGUCAACGAGACCCUUUUCUACGAACCCCUGGACCUGGAUGACCACACGUCCAACCUGGGCUACAUGAAGAUCAACAGUCUCAAGGUGUUCGGCUACAGCAUGCACUUUGACCCCGAGGGCAUCAAAGACCUGAUUCUGCAGCUGGACUACCCUUACACGCAAGGCACCCAGGACGCAGCCUUUCAUAUGCUGCUGGAGAUGAGAGACCGCAUCAACCGGCUCUCCCCGCCUGGAUUGCAGCCAUUGGACCUCUUUUCAUGUCUGCUCCGCCACAGGCUCAAGCUCUCCACUAGUGAGGUGGUGCGCAUCCGAGACUCCCUCCAGAUUUUCAACUCCAAGCUGCCCAAUUCCUCAGAGGCAGAGCUGGGCCAGUUGUGCAGCUAGCUCAGUCUAAAUUAGAGUCCAGAGAGUGCUGUGCUGCACUGCUGGUUACUCUUUAGUCAGUUGCCAAUUUAUCCAUCUGGUUUGGAAAACAUGUACAUAUAUUUCUCUGAGAUGUCUAGAGCAUUCCAUUACACUGGCUGACAGAGCUUGGAGUGUGUUGGCUCUGUUGGAUGUGGAGUGAUGUCAUGACAACAGAUUUUGCUUUGCACAGAGUUUUUAAUAUAAAGAGCGAGGAACUGAGUUUGGAAAAGAAUUGCUCUGGAUUGUUCAUCUGUUGGCAGGAAGUUGAGGAAACAGAAGAGGAUUUCCCUUUCUAACGCUUUUUUCUUUGGUUACAGAAUGAUUUCAUUUGAAAGAGUCUGAUGGGCUGAAUGAGUUGAUUAUGCAUAAAGGGAUAGUUCAACCAAAUUACAAAAUGAUACAUUGGUUUCCUUAUCCUGUAAGCAGUCUAUGGACAAGGUAUGACAGCAAUCCAUGUUUUGGCUUAGUUUCCCUGGCACUGUUUCCACAUGCUAAUGUUUUGGAAUUUGUUGCAGAAAUCUCAUUCAAGUCAUGGACCGAUAUUAGCAUUUUUUCACGCAUCAUGUCCAAAUCUUCUUAAAGUAUCUAAAGUUGAAUAUAAAGCCCAACAAAGUCACUUAUAGAUGAGUUUAACAUGAUGCACAGAAAAUUCUAAUAUCGUUCUCAUGACUUUCUGCCACAAAUGCUAAAACGUUAGCAUGUGGAAACUGUGCCAGGGAAACUAAACCAAAACAUGGAUUGCUGUCAUUCCUUGUCCAUAGACUGCUUACAGGGUAAGGAAACCAAUGUGUCAUUUUGUAAUUUGGGUGAACUAUCCCUUUAAUGGUUUAUUAUGAUAAUCAUCCCCAAAAAUGUUAUCCUUGCCUUUCCAUUUUAUCUGGCGUUCAAAAUCCUGUAAAAUAUGUAUUUGUGCUUAAAAUUUGGUUGGGAAGCCCAAUAGUAAAUAUUUCUAUUUAUUUAUUCAGCAACAUUACUAUACCAAAAGAAGCUGAACGUAGUGGCAAAAUGAAUGGUUAAAAUGUCUUAAAUGUUGAAAUAUCUUUUUUGAGAGGAUUUCAAAAGGUCUGUGGAUACAGCUGUGUACAUAUUGCUCCAUCUAAAUCUAGAUGUGGAAAGUACACAUUGCUUUUUAGAUAACCAAGUGCAAAGACCAAAAAAAAUAUUUGUAACAAAAUAAAAUCAUGCCUUAUGAUGGAGAAUCAAUGUUCAGAUAAAAAGCACAUUCAGCUGAGUGUUUCAUUUUCAGGCUAGAUCUUUUGAAUAUACAGUUGAAGUCCAAAGUUUACAUACACUUAGGUUGGAGUCAUUAAAACUCGUUUUUCAACCACUCCACACAUUUCUUGUUAACAAACUAUAGUUUUGGCAAGUUGGUUAGGACAUCUACUUUGUGCAUGACACAAGUACAUUUUCCAACACUUGUUAACAGACAGAUUAUUUAACUUAUAAUUCACUGUAUCACGAUUUCAGUGGGUCAGAA